ACAGCUGAGCUGGACAAACCGCCGGACACUCUAAUUGGCUGAGGCCAGGCAGAGUUCAGGUAUAAAACAGCAGCUUGGUCUCUCAGCACAUCAUCAUCAUCACCAUGGCCUUCCUCUGGAUCAUCUCCUGCCUCGCCUUCGUUAGCGCCGCCUACGGCUGUGGCACCCCCGCCAUCCCUCCCCAGGUGUCUGGCUAUGCCCGCAUCGUCAAUGGUGAGGAGGCAGUGCCUCACUCCUGGCCCUGGCAGGUGUCUCUGCAGCAAUCCAACGGCUUCCACUUCUGUGGUGGAUCUCUGAUCAAUGAGAACUGGGUGGUCACCGCCGCUCACUGCAACGUCAGAACCUACCACCGCGUGGUUGCCGGAGAGCACGAUAAGGGCUAUGGCUCCAACGAGAACGUCCAGGUGCUGAAGCCCGCCAAGGUCUUCACCCACCCCCAGUGGAACCCCCGCACCAUCAACAACGACAUCUCCCUCAUCAAGCUGGCCACCCCCGCCCGCCUGGGCACCAACGUGUCCCCCGUCUGCCUUGCCGAGUCCAGUGAUGUCUUCGCCGCCGGCAUGACCUGCGUCACCUCUGGCUGGGGUCUGAUGCGCUACAAUGCUCCCAGCACUCCCAACAAGCUGCAGCAGGCCGCCCUGCCCCUGCUGUCCAACGAGCAGUGCAAGAGACACUGGGGCAGCAACAUCUCCGAUGUGAUGAUCUGCGCUGGAGGAGCUGGAGCCACUUCCUGCAUGGGUGACUCUGGUGGUCCUCUGGUCUGUGAGAAGGAUAACGCCUGGACUCUGGUCGGUAUCGUGUCCUGGGGAAGCAGCCGUUGCUCCACCUCCACUCCUGCCGUCUAUGCCCGAGUCACCGAGCUCCGCGGUUGGGUUGAUCAGAUCCUUGCCGCUAACUAAAUGCUCAGAGGCUGAGCUGCCACUGCCGGUAGCAACCCAGGAACUCCCUGACCCUUCACCCCUGACCCCUGACCCUGCCUGGCCUGGCAGUCCCACAUCAGAGUGUGGACAGUGAAUGAUAAUAAAAACUUUUGAACAUCA